AGGACAAUUUACAUACGUCGUUUAUGUAAUCAGUGGGUGGCAAUAUCGUCCCGUAUUCUUACAGAGCGAGAGCGAAAAUAGACCACUUGCUCCUCUUUCUUCGAAAUGAGUGCUGUAAGCACCGAGUCUUUCAUCGAUUCGGAGCUGAACUUUGGACUGGACAUGCUUCGGCAAGUACCUGCGAAUGCUCAAACGGUUGUGUCUCCUCUUUCCGUCAUUCUUGCUUUGGCUAUGGUCCAAGCUGGAGCGAGAGGACGAACUAGAGCACAAAUAAAUGAGCAUAUUUCUAAUGGAGCAGACAAUGUUGAUAUAGAGAAUUUUUACUCGAAACUCUCACAAGAUGUCUUGAAUGCCACCAACGAUGUUCAAACAAGGAUUGCAAACGCGUUUUACAUGGAUAAACGCUACACUAUUGAGAAACAGUACGAAGCCACAAUCAGGAAGAAAUAUUCUGCUAAGGUGGAAGCGCUUGAUUUUGAAGCACCAAAGGCUGCUGCUCAGAUUAUCGACAAGUUCAUAAGCGACACAACAGAAGGAAAAAUAAAAAAUAUGGUUAAUGAGAAGAUGGUAAUGGAUGCUUUCUCGCUCAUUGUCAAUGCGAUUUACUUCAAAGCCAAGUGGUUGAGGGAUUUUAACAAGGAUUUGACCAAAAAGGCAACUUUUCAUUGUUCGGAGAAUGAGCAAAAGCAGAUAGAAUUCAUGAAUGAGUACCAGAAAAAUCGUCUAUAUGCGGAAAACGACGAUCUGCAAGUUUUGACGCUUCCUUACAAGGACACCACUUACGCACUGAGCAUACUGCUUCCCAAGAAACGGUUUGCUCUUGCUGAAAUCAGGAACAAGAUCACUGGAUCAACACUUCGAGAAUUACUGAGACAAGUGAAAAUGGAGUUCAUGACGAUUUCCGUUCCAAAAAUGAAAAUCGAAACAAAGUUCGAGCUGAAAAAAGCAUUGAUUUCGAUGGGUAUCACUGAGAUGUUUACUGACAAUGCUGAUUUCACUGGAAUCACUAAAGAACCUCCACUCAAGGUGUCCGAUGCAGCGCACAGAGCAUUAAUUGAGGUGGACGAAGAGGGCACCGUUGCAGCUGCAGCUACCGUUAUCACCAUGGUCAAAGCUACGGCUCUGAGACCACAGAAGAAACCCAUAACUUUCAUAGCAGAUCAUCCCUUCAUAUUUAUUCUUACCAAGAAUGAUAGUCCAAUUUUUACUGGACAAUUUAUAGCUUGAACACAUCCUAUUUACUACGACA